UUCUCUUCUUCAUUCUUGGGUAAAUCGUAUAGCUGUAAAGGACUACUUCUAGUUCUUGGAAGAGGAUAUCGGAGUGUUUCCAACAGUUGUAACGUAAAAAACAUAAUGUCAUAUUCGCGACCUGAUAUGUCUGCUGCUGGAUGGAGGUAUUUUGCGAAAGCCACCAACGAUAACUGGAUGGCAAAACUCGACAGAAAUGGAGAAAAAAAUUGAUCUGUUGGUUUUCGGAUACGCAUGCAAGAUUUUUCGUGAUGAUGAUAAGGCACGCGAGAUUGACCAGGGCAAACACCUCAUACCGUGGAUGGGCGACGACACUUUGAAAAUUGACAGAUAUGAUGUACGUGGAGCUCUCUAUGAUUUAACGCCGUAUGAGCCUCCACCUGGUGGUGGUUAUGAAAAUCGACUCGACUGCUUAACUGCCGAAGAACAAAGGGCCGAACAGCUUUGCGAAGAGGAACGAUAUAUGUUUUUGUACAAGAACGAGGAAGACGUAGUAACCAACCAAGAGGAGGAAUUGAAACGAUUGAAACAAGAAACAAAUGGUGGCGGCUACAGUCAAGUGGGUCACACUUACGACGAACCGAAGCAGAGUGGUCCAGAGUUUAGUAAUUCGCCAACAUGUGAAGAACCUGAGCAAAUAUUCCAAUUGCCUCCAAGUUUUUACGUUCCUCCAGACAUGCACUUGCCUGAAACAAUGAAACAACACGCAAUUAUUGAGAAGACAGCUCGAUUUAUUGCCUCACAGGGUGUUCAAAUGGAGAUUCUCCUGAAAGCCAAACAGUCCAACAACAUACAGUUUGAAUUUUUGUCGCAAAGUUCCCAGCUAUACCCCUAUUACAAACAUGUUAUAAGUGCUAUUAAGGCCGGAACAUACCCUGAGACGUUCAGCAAGAAGGACACUGGCAAUUGCGAAGACGACAGUUCAUUUGCAACGUCCGGAGACGCAGACGUGAAUGCCGAGGAAAAACCAGUUGUUUUAGUGCCCAUGGUCAAGUACAAACCAUCGGCAGAUUGUGCGUAUACGCAGUUGAUUAGUAAAAUUAAGGGUGUACCAUUGGAAGAGUUGCACGAUGAUUCAUCACGGCAGAGUGCAACAUCGCAACAAGAGGCGACAAACGUUUCUCCAUGCAUCACUCCUGUUCUCUUGCAAUACAAUGGCGCAACAUUUAUGACGGAACAAGAUGAUGGGUCCGAUUCUGGUAGUCGAAAGACAAGCAACAUAGCGGCAGACGCAAAUUUAGAUGAUACCGUUCCCAAAGUGGAGAUUCUAAAGAAUUCCAGUGCAUUAGCUUUGGCACAAAACUACUCUUCAGACUCCGAAAGCAACGGCGAAGAUGAGAGCUCUUCCACGCCGUCAUUCAAUAAAGAAAAAACUCCACCGAAUCUGGAGUUCCCCGUACCAACUGAGAAUCUAAGAAAUAUAAUUGACAAAACAGCGGUGUAUGUUAUUAAAAACGGACGCCAGUUUGAGGAGACACUGCGUAGCAAAUCGGCGGAACGUUUUACUUUUCUAUUGCCAGAUAAUGAAUAUUAUCCAUACUAUAUGUACAAAAUAACAGGCGAUGUUAAUGCCGCUUCGAAGGAAAGAAAGCAACGAAAAGCCAAAGAAGUUGCAGAGGCGCUGAUGAAUAAAAAGGGAUUGACGCGAGACAAAGUCACGAAUCAUCCCGUUUGCUUUUCUAUAAAAGCAAAAGAAGAGUCAUCCAACGCCACACUACAGCCUCCAGUCCUGCCACAAGAUACAAGUGAUGACGAAGAAAAGCAAGUUUCACCAUCUCCUGCCGCGACGAACAUAGUCACCAAUAGGGCUGCUACGACAACAGCGACAACCAACAACCCCAACAGGCACGUCCCAGAGCAUGUGCAAAAGGCUAUUUUUGAGGUUGAAUCGCAAUUAAUGGCACGAAAUGCUCAAAUUGCCGCUGCAGCCUUAGCCUUCCGAACUUCUAGUAUUCUACCCGUCAAUAAUUUGCUUCCGAUGCCAACGAUUCCUGCAACUCACCAACCUAAGCCCGCCCUGCUUUCGGGGCCAGCGGUACUGUCGUCGAAUUUAUCAGCCGCAACAAAAGCCGAAGCAGAAAGAAACGCGAUAUUUGAGCAGCAGCAACAGCAGAGACAUAAGGAAUUAAAAAAAGCCGAGGAGAAGGUUAAAGACAAAUUGGCUCAAAUUGCCAGGGAGAAAUUGGGUGGACUUGUAUCAAAGGAAAAACAAUUGCAGCUCGAGCGAAAACGAAAAGCUAUGGCAUUCCUGAACCAAAUUAAAGCCGUCGCCUCAGGAGAAAUCAGCAAUCAGGAGCAGAUUACAAAAACUGAUGAAACUAACGAUGAACCCUACAGAGAAGAAGGUGCUAGCGAUUCGGAAGAUUCUGUGCAAUCGAUACCCAUUACGUCCUACGGACCUGAAGAUAACAGCGAAGAAGAAAACCCGGUUAAUAUUGAGACUGAAAAAGUCAUUCCCCAAUUUGUACCUGUUAGAGUGACUCCAUCGACAAAACUUACCAAACAGCUUGACGAUAGGUUGCCCAUAACAGGCAAUACUAACGUGAUCGGAAAAAGAAAGUCACGAUCGAGAAGUAGGCCAAAAGAGAGGGUUCCAUCUUCGACGCCUGUCUCUGACAAUAAGCGUCAGUAUAGAAAACAGGAAUCGCGAUCCACAUCGUCUUCCUCCGAAACGAGCAAUGCUGGUGUUGAAGACAAUAAGAAGCGGAAACAUCGGUCGGAGUCCCGAUCCAAAUCAAAAUCACACAAAUCAAAGAAAAGCAAAACCAAAAAAUCAAAAUCGAAGAAGAAAUCAAAAAAGUCACAAAAAUCGAAAUCAAGGACCAGAUCCCGAUCCCGUUCACGUAGCCACAAUCGACACUCGGACCGUCGACAUCAUCAUCGGCAUCAACGGGAUAGAUCACGUUCCCGUACCUACUCCGAUAACUAUUCUAGUGACAGUUCGGAUUGCUAUCAAGCUGAUCGCUCCCACAGAGAUAAAAGGACAACGUUAUGGCUAAUCCGGACUAUGUCUUGCGUCCAAAUUGCAAUGCAGUGCUCUGACAUGGUACUGUUGCGUGUAUAGGCAUCAUAAGCAUAUUGGUCAUAGGCAAUAAUGUAAAAAAAUAAAUAAAUAAAUAAAACAUUUUGAGGAUUUUUUAAUUAAA